AUGCGCUGCCACUACGAGGUCCUCGCUGUAGCUCGUGAUGCGUCGGCGGCGGAGAUCAAGAAGGCUUUCCGUCUAAAGGCAUUGAGGUGGCAUCCAGACAAGCAUCAACAGAACGGCAUCUCGAGCGAAGAGGCUACAGAGCAAUUCCAAACCAUUCAAAAUGCCUACGAGGUGCUGAGUGAUCCGCACGAGAAAAAAUGGUACGACGAGCACCGUGAACAGAUUUUACGCGGUGGAGACGGCAACGAAGACGGAGACGACGAAGAUGAGCUCAAUUUGUUCCGGUACUUCAGUGCGUCGGUCUAUUCGGGCUUUGGGUCGGACGCCAAAAGCUUCUACUUCGUGUACGGUGAACUCUUCGCCAAGGUGCAUUGA